AUGGAACCUGAUUUGGUGCAAGUGGAUACAAGUGAUGAGGAGCAAGUUCUUGCAAGGGAAAGGGUUAAGGGAUUUAACAGUAUUGUAGUUGAGGUAGCUCAUAAACUACAGCAAGAAGCUGCUGAGGGUAAGUUGAAAGCUCAGAAAAAACAGACUCCACCUGUAGAGGCUAGCAGUAGUAGGAAAGAAGGAGAACAUGUUUCCGAGUAUGAGGAUUCAGAGGAUGAAAUACACACUCCUACAACUAGUGAUGAUGAGAAAACUUUAGAGGAGAAAAGGGCCAAAAGAGGGCUUUUAGUUGGGAAAGAUACAGAUUUUUCUAAGUUCAAGUGGGUUAUAGGACAGAGAUUCACAUCUAGGGAUGAUUUUAAGCAGGCAGUGGCUAAGUAUGCCAUACUUCAAGGAAGGAAUCUGUGUAUAGUGACUACUGACAAACUUAGGCAACAGAGAAUAGGGGUGAAGUGUAAUCAAGGCUGCCCUUUUAGACUGUAUGCUUCUUGGGAUUCAAGGAAAGGUAGUUUUGUGAUGAAGAAUGUCAUGGGUGAGCACACAUGCCUUAGGAACAUGGAGAAGAACAUUCAGCUGAAAUCAACUUGGUUGGCUGACCAGUUGCUUAAUGUGGUUAAGGCAAGGCCUCACUGGCCUGCAAAAGAGAUAAUAGAGACUGUGAGGGGAGCUUACAGAGUUAUUGUGAAGAAGGAUUUUGCCUAUAAAGUGAAAUAUUAUGCACACAUGAAAUUGCAUGGGUCCAUGAGAGAGCAUUAUGGAAAGCUAGCUAGGUAUCUUGAGGCAUUGAAGAAGGCUAGCCCAGAAACUGAUAUUGACUUGGUUACAUACAGACAGAAUAACAAGGGCCGCCAAAUUUUCCAAAGACUGUAUGUGUGCUUUGAUGGUAUCAGAAGGGGAUGGAAGGAAGGAUGCAGGAAGGUCAUUUGUGUUGAUGCUUGCUUCCUCAAAACCUUUGUUGGAAGCCAGCUCAUGUCUGUUGUUGGAAGAGAUGGGAAUGAUCAGAUGUUCCCUAUUGCCUGGGCAGUGGUAGAGGGUGAGAACAACAUUUCAUGGGAAUGGUUCCUAGAUAAUUUGAAGAAGAGCUUGGAGCUUGAAGAAGGUGCUGGGCUGGUGAUUUUGUCCGAUGAACAUCAGGCUAUUUUAAGAGGAGUUUCAGAGGUGCUCCCUCAAGCUGAACACAUGCAUUGUGCCAAGCACAUAUUUGCAAACUGGCACAAAAAUUUUAGAGGGGAUGAGUUCAAGCUCCUAUUCUGGAACUGUGCAAAGUCUUACAACAAAGCUGAUUAUGAUGAGAACAUUGAAGUUUUAAAGAAGGCAGACCCACUUGCUGUUGAAGGGUUUAAGUCAUACCAACCUGAGGUCUUUUGCAGAGCCAACCUGAAUACAGAAGUCAAAGGUGAUGUGAUAACAAGUAACAUGGCAGAGACCUUCAAUGGUUAUAUUAUCAAUGUUAGAGCCAAGCACCUGAUAUACAUGUUGGAAGAUAUCAGAUCAUCACUAAUGAAGAGGCUUGUGACAAAGAGGGAGGAGAUGCUAAAAUGGACAACACCUUUAUGCCCUAGAAUACAUAGGAAGCUGCUGAUAGAGAAGCAAGAAGCUGCAAAAUGUGAUGUCACCCCCUCUUCUCUGACUAAGUUCCAAGUUAGUUAUUACUUGGACACAUGUGAUGUGGACUUGGAGGCUCACACCUGUACAUGCAGGAAAUGGGACAUGACAGGCUUCCCUUGCUUCCAUGUUGUGGCAGCUAUCUUCUUCAAGCAUAAAAAUGCUGAAGAUUAUGUUAAUGCUUGUUACAAAAAGAAGCUUAUAUAA